AUGCCAGGUUUUUCGCAGGCUACCGAUCUCCCCGCCUGGAAGGAGCUCCAGGAGCACCACAACUCCGUGGGCCGUAACAUUGUCCUGAAGGAGGCCUUCGAGAAGGACCCCCAGCGCUUCGAGAAGUUCAGCCGCACCUUCAAGAACACCGUGGACAACUCGGAGAUCCUCUUCGACUUCUCUAAAAACUUCCUCACCGAGGAGACCCUCUCCCUUCUGGUCAAGCUGGCCAAGGAGGCUAAUGUGGAGGAGCUCCGCGAUGCUAUGUUCAAGGGUGAGCACAUCAACUUCACCGAGGACCGUGCUGUCUACCACGCUGCUCUCCGCAAUGUCUCCAGCGAGCCCAUGCAGGUUGAUGGCCAGAGCGUUGUCGAGGGAGUGAACUCCGUCCUGGAGCACAUGAAGGAAUUCUCUGAGCAAGUCAGAAGCGGCGAGUGGAAGGGUUAUACUGGCAAGAAGAUUGACACCGUAAUCAACAUUGGUAUUGGUGGUUCUGAUCUUGGUCCGGUCAUGGUCACUGAGGCUCUGAAGCCCUACGGCGCCCCAGACAUGAAGUUGCACUUUGUCUCCAACAUUGAUGGAACUCACAUUGCCGAGGCUCUCAAGGACUCUAACCCCGAGACUACACUCUUCCUGAUCGCUUCCAAGACCUUCACUACCGCAGAGACUACCACCAACGCGAACAGCGCCAAGAAAUGGUUCCUCGAAACUGCCAAGGAUGAAUCUCAUAUCGCCAAGCACUUCGUUGCUCUCUCCACCAACGAGGCAGAGGUCACCAAGUUUGGCAUUGACAAAAAGAACAUGUUCGGUUUCGAAUCCUGGGUGGGUGGUCGUUACUCCGUCUGGAGUGCUAUCGGUCUCUCCGUUGCCCUCUACAUCGGCUAUGAGAACUUCCGCCAGUUCUUGGCUGGUGCCCAAGCCAUGGACAAGCACUUCCGCGAAACCCCCUUGGAGCAGAACAUCCCCGCCCUUGGUGGUCUGCUGAGCGUCUGGUACAGUGACUUCUUCGGUGCUCAGACCCACCUGGUUGCACCUUUCGACCAGUACCUGCACCGAUUCCCCGCCUAUCUGCAGCAGCUCUCCAUGGAGAGUAACGGCAAGGCCAUCACCCGUUCUGGUGACUACGUCAAGUACACUACUGGCCCCAUUUUAUUCGGCGAACCUGCCACCAACGCCCAGCACAGCUUCUUCCAGUUGCUCCACCAGGGUACCAAGCUCAUCCCCUCGGAUUUCAUCAUGGCUGCUGAGUCGCACAACCCCGUCGAGGGCGGCAAGCACCAGCGCAUGCUCGCAUCCAAUUUCCUUGCUCAGUCUGAGGCCUUGAUGGUCGGCAAGACCCCCGAGCAGGUCAAGACCGAGGGUGCCCCCGACAACUUGGUCCCUCACAAGACCUUCCUUGGAAACCGCCCCACUACUUCCAUUCUGGCCCAGAAGAUCACCCCCUCCACCCUCGGAGCUUUGAUCGCGUACUACGAGCACCUCACCUUCACCGAGGGUGCCGUCUGGAACAUCAACUCCUUCGACCAGUGGGGUGUGGAACUGGGCAAGGUUCUUGCCAAGAAGAUCCAGCAGGAGUUGGAGACCUCUGGCGCUGGCGCUGGUCACGAUGCUUCAACCAGUGGCCUGCUGCUUGCCUUCAAGCAGAAGGCCAACCUGGCUUAA